AUGCUACAAAACAUCGAGCCAGUAGAACCCAGGAUUUCACCACAAGAAGCAAACUCUUCACAAAUGGCAAAAUUGGAAGGUGAAGGCCUUACCACUGUCGGACACAAGUUCGGAGAAAUGGUUGGAGGUGAAGCAGAUAGGGAUCCCGUGCCUCAGCCUCCCACUCUAUUUGAUACUGAGUACAAAACCAAAGGACAAAAUGAGGGCGGCAAUACCGGAAAAGAGGCUUCUGCACAGAAUAACACUACACCAUCUGAAGGAAAAUGCUGUCCUGAUCACAAUGUGAUACAUGUAAAUGAUUUAACAAAGCACUUCGUUAAAAUCUGCAAAAUGGCAAAAAUGGGAGACGAUGGAAUCCUUUCCACUAUUGGAAGGAAGGCUCAAGAAUUGGUUGGAGGUGGAGCAGAUAGAGAUCCCGCGCAGGGUCAGGCUCCGCCUUCAUUCGAGACUGAGUACAGAACCAAUGAGGGCAAACAAACUGGAAAAGAAGCCUGCGUUGCUGCACAGAAUAAUCCUACUCCAUUUGAGGGAAAAUGUUGCCCUGAACACGGUGUACGACACUGA